UCAGAAAGGCUUAUGGGUCCCGAGGUUGUUGAUGGAAAAAGGAAAAAUAUCUCAAGUCAGGGUCUGUGAACUCUGUGAUUUUAGAUACUCUGUGCUGGGGUCACAAAAUAGUUUACUGGCUUAUUAAUUUGCUGCUUCUUUUUGUUGCUGUAAAAGGACAUUUUUCUACAGUCUCCCCUCCCUCUCAGGAGGAGUUGAGUGCAAAAGAUACGGGUAAUUUCACUAGUCUCCUCCUCAAACCCCACGGGGCGGCGUCCCGGAGUAGUUUCACUUUUGAGUUAACUUCUUCACUCGGGUCUCUGAAAGCGGCAGCUACUGCGGAGACUAGCAGCGAACAUGUGACUGCCUGCUGUGUGGUGAAGGCAGCAGAAAACGUCUAUGCCAACGUUUUCUGGGCGGAGGGAUAUGAGAGAAGAUUUCAAGACCUGUGGAGGCCAGUGGCAGCCAGUGCAUUGAACAGAAACUCAGGUGAGGUAUAUUUCUAUCACUGUGGGAAAAUUCUGCCUGCUUCAUCUCUGCCUCUAGAUCCAGUGCUGGAGCUUUUCAGGAAAAGCCAUGGCUUCAUCCGGAAACGCCAAGAAGAUGAGGGAGGAAGCCACCUGCUCCAUCUGCCUGAACCUGAUGGUUGAGCCCGUGAGCGUCAGCUGUGGACACAGCUACUGCCACUUAUGCAUAGUACGCUUCAUUGAGAACGUACGCCUCUUGCAACCAUGGCUGGGGACAUUCUCCUGUCCCCAGUGUCGGGCUACAUUUCAAAUGGCAAGCCUCCGGCCCAACAAGCAGCUGGGAACCCUCAUUGAAGCCAUCAGGGAGAUGGAGCAUGAAAUGUCAUGUGAGGAACACGGAGAGAAGCUCCACCUGUUCUGCGAAGACGAGGGCCAGCUCAUCUGCUGGCGCUGUGAACGGACACCACAGCACAAAGGACACACCACAGCUCUUGUUGAAGAUGUAUGCCAAGGCUACAAGGAAAAGCUCCAGGAAGCUGUGACAAAAUUGAGGCAACUGGAAGAGGAAUGUAUGAAUCUGAAGGUGUUCACAGAAAAGCAAAUAACCGAAUGGAAUGAGAAGAUAAACAUUCAGAGACAAAAAAUCCAGUCUGAAUUUAAGAAUCUCCAGAGCUUCCUGCAUGAGGAGGAGAAAUGUUACCUAUGGAGGCUGGAGAAAGAAAAAGAGCAGAUUCUGAGGAGACUGAGGGACAAUGAGGCCAAUCUGGGACGGAAAAGCCAUGAACUUGAGAGCCACAUCCUGGAACUAGAGGCAAAAUGUCAGGGCUCAGCCCAGAAUUUGCUGCAGGAUGUGAAAGACACUUUGAGCAGGAGUUGGGCUGUGAAGCUGGAAACACCAGAGGCCCUCUCUAUGGAGGUUCAUACUGUGUGCCAUGUUUCUGAGCUUUACUUUGAUGUGAAGAAAAUGUUAAGGCGCUAUCAAGUCAGUGUGACUCUGGAUCCAGAUACAGCUCAUCAUGAACUAAUUCUGUCUGAGGAUCGGAGACAAGUGACUCGUGGAUGCCCCCAGGAGAAGCUUGACACUUCCAGGAGAUUUACUGCCUUGCCCUGUAUCCUGGGCUGCGAGGGCUUCACCUCAGGAAAACAUUACUUUGAAGUGGAUGUGGGAGAAGGAACUGGGUGGGAUUUAGGACUUUGUAUGGAAAACGUGCAGAGGGACAUUGGCAUGAUGCGGACGCCUCAGUCUGGAUUCUGGGCCAUCAGGCUGUGCAAAAAGAAAGGCUAUGUUGCUCUUACCUCUCCCCUAACUUCCCUUCAUCUGAAAGAGCAGCCUCUGGUGGUGGGGGUUUUUCUGGACUAUGAGGCCGGAGUUGUAUCCUUUUACAACAUAACUACUGGCUCCCACAUCUUCACCUUCCCAGGGACCUCCUUCUCUGAUACUCUCCGGCCCUAUUUCCAGGUUUAUCAAUAUUCUCCUUUGUUCCUGCCUUCCCCGAAUGAGUAAGGGAAGGAGCAGUCUUCUGUUUGGUUUAACAUGGAGAAUAUAAUGUAAAUCCCCUGUGGGCAGAAAUUUGGUCUGUUUUCUUCAUUGUUAUUUCCCUGUACCUAGAAUAGUGCUAGGCUUUUAGUGGAUACUUAAUAAAACUGCUUUGAAUUAAUGGAUAUAAAGACUGUAAAAAUACCACAAAUGGUCAGCUUGAGCUGGAGGAAAGCAAGAUAACAGCAGUGAUCAUACAUUGCGCUGUCCAUCCCUCUUCAGUGGAUUCAGAACUAUGAUUUGCAAGAGUCCUUGGGUGAUCAGAAGAGUGACCCAGAGAUCGGGAGGUCUGAGUUCUCCCAGUUUGAUGCCAUUGAACUCAUGGGUGGGGGAUGAGGGAAAGCUGCGAUUGUCUCUGCCAAAUGCAGGAAAGAGCAGGAGAAUCAAAAUAGCAGUGACUCUUUUAACCACUGGCAUGUUGAUUAAUAAUCUGAGCCGCAACUGACAUAGUAAGUGCAUAUGGCAACCAGACCUAGUGAGCUCUGCCUGGGCAGUAACCAAAAAAAGUGUGAGAGAAGAGUUAAAAGUGGCUUACAGU